UUUCUGAUAACGAGUGAUGGAAUAUGGAGGAGUUUUUAACAAAUUCAUGAAUUUGUGUCUUUGCACAAAAAAAUGCACAUAUACACAAAUGUUAAAUAUUGUUAUGGUUUUAUGGCAAGUACUCAAAAGAUAAAAAAAUGCCUCUAAAACUUUAAUAGGGCCCCUUGUGCAUAUGUUUUGAUUGUUUCUUAGUACUAUUUUGAUACCUCUUACUGUUUUGGUGGAAUUUUUUUUGUUUCUUUCUUCACCCCCCCUUGGGACCAUUGCAUCAUUUAGAGCCUAGAAUGCACUGUGUUCAUUUAACAAGCACCUGUUCAGUAUUCUAUUUUCCAUAAUCCUGUUUAUAAUCCCAUGUCUCAUUUAGAAUAUACCAUUCAGACCCUGUUCUGAAGGCCAGUUAUGAAUUUCUUCUUGAACUUUUUCUAUGCUGAUUAUUACUGAUGUGUCUGACUUUCAAAAACAGUAGUAAAUUCUUCUCAACAGUCAUGUGAAGUAAGGGACUUGUAUCAUGCACAAGAGUUCAUUCAGUUUUAACUAUAUGGAAGCUUUGCAUAAUUUAGGACAUAAAAGGUCUACUACUACUAGGUGCUGCAUUUCCCAGAGGGCCAAAUACUAAACAUUCAUAAACUAAUAAAUAAAUGUACUUAAUGUAAACUCAGAGAAUACACUCUAUAGAUCAUAAGUGGCAAAUGUUUUGAAUACAUGCUAUUAAGUGUUACAGGUUGUAGCCAUAUUGGUCUAUAAGCAAAAAGGAAUCAGAACUCUGGUUAAAGGGGAUAUCUUUUAUUAGACCAACUAGAUAUUUGCAAAAAAAAAAAUCUUUAUUUACAAGCUUUUUGGCGCACACACCCUUCCUCAGGCAUAGGAGAAUGCAAAGAUUGUAACAUUUCUUCUAGGUGGAAAUGAAAUUCAUAAUUCACAGAUCUGAAGGUGUUGUAAGAUCUCCUGGUUAGAAAAGUUCAUUUUGUGCAAAUUAGGCUUAGAUAAAAGUUAGAGCAGUCUAUUUACCUCAAAGUUGUCUGAUGGUAAGCAGGAUGUUGGAUUAUGUGUUUGGUUUUUUUUCUGGUUAUGAUGUUUCAUAUUUUGCAGGAGGGUGGGUAGAUGCAAGGAAUUUCUCUUGCAUUGAGGCAGCUCCAAGCUCUGUGAACAUGCAAAUUUAGCUUGGAACAAAAGGCUGGAGCAAGGGUGUCAGCUUUCAGGUUUUAAGGUGUUGAAUUUUGCCUUCUUGUAAAACUAUCAAGUUUUCAUAUAACAGAUGGCUAAAUUUGAUAUCUUCCAUGUUUCAGGGAUACAGGUUGUAACCUUAUUGGUUUACAGGCAAAUGGAAUCAGAACUCUGGGUAGAGGUGAUAUCUUUUAUUAGACCAAGCUGACACCCUUGCUCCUCCUGCCUUUUGUUCUGAGCUAAAUUUGCAUGCUCACAGAGCUCAGAGCUGCCUGAACACAAGAGAAAUUCCUUGCCCAGGAAAGCAUUCCACCUAUUCAUCCUCCUGCAAAAUAUGAAACAUCAUAACCAGAAGGAAACUUAAACUUAAUUACAGUUAACUGCGUAAAUGGUAUUUCAGGUCAGUUAUAUGGCUUUUGGAUCUGACCCUUCCUUGAUGGGUAUGCAACGCUAUUUACUUUACGAAAUGGGAAGAGAAGGCUUCUCCCACCUCUCAGUCCAACAGCUUAAUGGGUAGAAGAGAGCUGUCCAAUUGGUGGCUAGUGGACUCCCUCCCAGCUGCCCCUCCAACCCCACCCCCCUCCCCAAUUGCUCCUGCUGGCGCAGCUGGGUUCUUCAGGCUCUUCCACUGUCCUCCAGCUUUUACCUGCCCCUGCUUUUGCCCCUGUAGUGGGAGGGGGGCGGGGGAUCUGAGCUGCACACAUGGCAGGGGAGAGGACUGUAUUGCUUGCACUGCACUUGGGAGGCAGAAGCUGGGCUGACCACACUGCUGGGAGGAGAAGAGGGGUAUACUGCUGGAUAUGUGGCAGAGGGAGGCAGGCUACCUGUGCUGUGGGGGGUGGAGAAGAGGCCAGGUGAGUGGCACAUGUAGCCAGGAGGGGAGAGGAGAGCCAGGCUGCCUGUGCUGCUUGGAGGUGCCUGGUAGUUGGACUGUGUGUGUGGUGUGGAGGUGGUAUGUUAGGCUGCCCAUGGGGCUGUAGCCUAUAUGGUGUGUGGCUCCCAGCUGCCUGGAAUUUUUAUGGCUUUGGAUUAGGGGCACUUGUUCAGGCACUGGAAGACUCAGGUUCUAGGCCUCCCUCAGUCAGCUUGACGCCACAUUUCCCAUUUUGCUGGCAAGUGCCCUAGCAACCAGGUUACGGUCUAGGCUGGGGUAAGCAACAUUUUUUGGCCGGAGUGCUGAAAAAACCACAAUGUCUACCUUGGAAGGUGCCAGAGUACUGAUACACCAGAGCAGCUGUUUUCAGCUUCCCAGCUGCAGCCGGCCCAUGGAGCCUGGUUUGCUUGCAUCAGGACUUGCAGCCUCCCAGCCUCCUGCUGGGAGCAGCCUGGGCUCUGUGGCUAGCAGCAGCUGCUUAGAGCCCGGGCUGGCGGUGGUGUGCCGAGCAAAAUGGCCUUGCGUGCCAUGCUCGGCAUGCCUGGGGGUUGCUGACGCCCGGGCUACGCAUUGCCAAGAACAGCUUCCACUUUUAUUGAAGCUGACCUACUGACUGGCCAACACAGCAAGGUAUGUGGGGCCAAGCAGAGAAUAGGCCAGAAGCACUGUCUUAGUGCUACAGGCACAGUCUGGGAAUUUAGUGUGCUCUGAAUUCUGGCUUCUGCUCCUUCCCCAAUAGAGUUUCUGCAUUUUGCAUUUAAUAGUCAUUGGAUAAAAUUGGGCUGACAGCAGUAGGAUAGUUUGUCCCACUAGUAGCAGUAGGGGCUGGAACUUAAGGACCCUCACUUAUCAGGCAGCCUGUCUCUCUCUGAGUCGUACCCCUUUUGGCUGGGUUGCUUCCUGGCCUAGUGCAUCUUUCCCUCCUGGCUGCUACUGAUAGCCAGAACAAGUCCUUGCUGUGUGUGUGCGCGCGCGCACGCAUGUGCACAGGGGCACUAUGAUCUAAAAAGCUGUAUUAAUGACUCAAAAUGACAUUUAUACAGCUGAAGAUAAGUGCUAGUUCUUCACCAAAAGAAGAGUUGGGUUUGGCCCCAUAGCUUUAAAAGCACGUCUUGUUUUGGUGCCACCUUGCUCUUCAGGAUGUGCAUUUGUCCUUCAAUUUUUCAAGUGUAGAAAUGGGUUACUUCAACUAUAGACCAUUGAAAAAGAUGGCCCUUUCAAGUUUAAAUCAGUGCUGAAGCUUAAGAAUCUUCUGCCCAACCUUUUUCUAGGAACUAUGCUGAGAAUUGAUUUUUACCCUAAAAUUUAAAUACAGUAAGCAUUCAUGAUGCAAUUGUUACUUGAAGUGCUUUAAUACAAGUACAAAAAUCAAAGCAAUACCUAAUGGGAUACAUUUUUUAUUUAUUUUGAAAAAUAACUUGCAUGGGGAAAGGAGAACAGUAAUUUUCAUUGCCCUUAAUGGUGAUUUGAAGCUACAUUAGGUAAAGGACAUAUUUGAAUAGGGAACAUGAACUUGAUUUGUCUAGCAAAGGUAACUCUCAUUUUCAUUCAUUUCAAACAAUCAAGGUAUAUUAGGUGAAUGGGUUGUAACUUAACAUAAGUUGUUUGAAUCCUAACCAGUACCAUAUCAGAGCAAGGGUAUAGUGUAGAGAGCAACAGACCCAACAGGGGUUUUGAUAUGCUUUCCCAGUUCAGUAAUAAGUGAUAAGACUUAGUCAUGGUCAUGGUACAAACUUUUUUUUGGUCACUGUAUUUUUAGAUAUUGAUUUUUUUUCCUGUAAAAUGUAUUUUUUUUAUUUUACUCUGGCCAGGUCAUCUCACCUUGGAGGGAUACAAAUGAUGAAGUAGCAUCCACAGAACAAAUAUAUUAUUAUAGAAACCUUUAACUUUAUUUCUUAGCUUCCUUUGCUGAUGCUUCAGAGAAACUUUUCUGCGCCUACUUUUAACUGUUGGUCUGUGCCUUGGGACCAAUAUUUGUUGACAAUUAAACCUCUACUUCAGGCUCUCUGUGGAUUGAGUUCGUUAAGACUGCAUUGGUUAAUGUUUUGAAGAUUCCUGUAGUAUAAAAGUUAGAUGUGUAAUUCUGUAAAAGUACAAAAUUAAAUUCUGUACAAGUCAGUGGAAAACAAGCAUUGUUGUGUCAGCCAUUGGUGAGUGCUUUGGUACAUUACAUAUUAGAAUUUCUUCCACGAUAUUGCAGUGCAUUCAGAUUUGCCUUGAGUUUUGGGCAUUAAUAAGAUCUGCACAGAUGGCAAGUUUUAAAACCAUAUAGGAGUUAAAAUUAGCAAGUUAAAAUUUUCCUCACCUAUUUUUUUAAUGUUUGAAAAGUAGAACAUCUUACAGGUCCAUAUUACCUUAGUCUCUUAGCUGUUAUCAUUUAACAUCUUAAAUGGAAAAUUGUCUAAGAAGUUUUUUUUAGGGUUGCUUUAUUUUAUGCAUCUCAAUGAGAAUUAAUAUUCAACCCAAGGAGGAAGACUUCUAGGUCUUGACUGAGUUGUCCUGGGUGGACCAGACAAAGACUCUUGUUGAAGGUUAUGGUGUUCUCAGCAAGCAUAGGCCUCUUAUGUUAAAAACUGCACAACUUGAGCUUUAUCUACCUUUAUAUUUUCCUACAAUACAGGAAAGUAGCAUGUGCCAAGUAUAGCUGAAUUUAAUUGAAUCAGUUUUGUAAUUAUUAUGUUUACAUUUUGUUUGUAGACUACGACUCUGUUAUCAUUGCAAAAUUGUUGUAGCUAGCGCUGCUAUAAUAAUAGUCCAUAAGGCUCUUUACUUGGUAUGAUUCAUGCAUCUUGGGCUGUAAUGUUUGAGAGCUUAGUUUGAUUACAUAUUUUGUAGUUGUUUAAAACUUGUUUAAGCUAUGAUGAUAUUAAUUAAAGAAAUACUGUCAACUUGAUCUUUUUGAUCAGCUCAAAGCAGGAGCGUCAUACUCAUCAGAUGGCAUGGAACUGGCCUGAGGGCUAAAUUAAGCUCACAGAUUGAUCCUGUGUGCUGAAUCCAGCAUGCAGGGCUGGUUCAAUGUGAGCACCCCGGACAAGCACCAUGUGAUGAAUGCCAUGUAGAGCCCAUGGAAUCUGGCUACCCUUAGCUUCAAGAAAUACUUUGUUACAAUGCCUCUUAAAUAUUUCCGGAAAUUAAAAAAAAUAAUUUAUAACAUUUUUUUUAAUAUAACUGGCUUUGGAUCCCUCUCCCUUUUUGUGUCUUGAAUAGUCAUUUGACCAAGUCUUAAUGCAACAUCGAAUGCAUCCUUUUUCUUUCAUGUUUAAGUGUAUCUACACUUAAAAGGCCUUUUCACCAGCACCAAAGCCUUCAGGAAAACACCCCCUUAGAGGGCUUGAGGAAGAGUAGCUAGUGUUAACAAAAUCAUUCAUGAUGUGUGUGCUAAAUUACCAUUUUCCUGGUAUGUUUUUGUGUUGUUUCUGCAGGUUUGGACUGAGCAAUAGAUUUGAAUCUGAAUUCCCUUCAUCAUUAACUGGAAAGGUUGCACCAGAGGAAUUUAAAGCCAGCAUCAGCAGAGUUAACAGUUGUCUUAAGAAGAACCUUCCUGUUAAUGUCCGAUGGCUACUUUGUGGCUGCCUUUGUUGCUGCUGUACCUUAGGUUGUAGUAUGUGGCCAGUUAUUUGCCUCAGUAAAAGAACACGAAGAUCGAUUGAGAAGUUAUUAGAAUGGGAAAACAAUAGGUUAUACCACAAGCUGUGCUUGCAUUGGAGACUGAGCAAAAGGAAAUGUGAAACGAAUAACAUGAUGGAAUAUGUCAUCCUUAUAGAAUUUUUACCAAAGACACCAAUUUUUCGACCAGAUUAGCAUUUAUUUACAGAGACUUACUCAAGUAUGUUGUCUUUUCCAAUGGUGCCUUGCUUGGUGCUCUCCUGGUGGUGACAUAGCAUUGGUUCUACAGAAUCUUGUGGUGUUUUUGUUCUUCAUUUUGGUUUUUAAUAACAGCAUGUUCUAAGUGCAUUUUGUCAAACUUUGCAAAAGUCAUUUCAUGCAAAUGUUAAAUACUACUUAAGUUAUUACUUGUACUUUUUCUGUUUGUUCAUGUAUCUUGAUUUUUUUCAGUCGCGUGUGUGUAACUAUAUAUAAAAAUAUAAAAAUACAGCUGAAAUAGUCUACAAGUCAGCAGGUAUUUUCCCCCCUGAAAAUAAUUUAAUCAUUUGAUUGUAAAUUGUAUAAGUUUUAAUGAUGUACCUCAGUAAAACUUCUAUAAACCUCCCCAAAUUUUGCCAGUGACAUUCCAGUCAUAAUUUUUAUUUCCUUUGGGAUAUCAGUCAGCCACCUCCAGUUUGUAUAGUGAGAUGCAUUUGCUUUGAAACUAUAUUUUUUCGAACCCAGAUGUCACUGCACCAUUACAAGUCUCUUUACUGUUUAAUGAAGAGAUCCUGUCAGCUGGUUCUGAGGAAGAUCUACUUUAAUAGUUAAUAAACCAGAAGUAUAAUUAUUUUACUUAGACUAGAAGAAACACUGAAGGAUUUGCAUGCAUCUUGUGAUUUGUAGAGCUCAGGAUCACAAAAAUACACUAGUAUUGCAACUUAAUGUAUAUAUUGUACGACAGGCUAAUGCCAUAUAACAGCUUUACUCUUAUUGUUUACCAGCUAUUGUACACAGGGGUGCAAAAUAAUUGUUUCAGUAAAUUUAUUAUCCAGUAAAGUCUCUUUCAGUAGCUCAGAAAAAGUUACCUGGUACGCAAGUGGGUUUGAGAGAAAUCUUGAACAUUACAGUUCAGGUCAAAAUGCAGAUACAAACAGAUGCUAUGUAGCUCAAAAAGUCAAGUCAGGUAUGCUGGACAGUAAUGAAGACUUUAUUUACUGAACCUUGGUUUCUGCUCAUUCUGGUUUACAGAGUUUUUUCUGCACAGGUAUGUUUUUUUAACUGAAUACAUGAUGUAAUGCUUGGGUCAGGUCAGUCGUAUUUAAUUCCUUUAACUUAUCUCUCUUGGUUGUACAUAUCUUCACACACAUUUUUCUUUUAAUCGCUACUCAAUCUUUAAGUAUAUAUUUGAAAGUACUGUACAUGAAAGUACUGUACAGUGUAUGCUAAUAAUUUGCUCCUCUAAUGGCUGUGGUAGCAAGCAAUAAUGUGAAUAACUAUGAAAAACAAAUUAUACCCUGCUUAAUAUUUGUAUGAAUGGAAAGUUGACACCACUAGAAGAAUAACAUCCUCUUUUUAAUCUUUUAAAUAUAAGUUUCAUUUUUUGCAGUAAUAUACUAUACAUACCUUCAUGUUGCAAACUAUUUUUAUAUGCUUCUUCAAAAUAAUUAUUCUAUGUAUAUCUUCCAGUCAGUGUUAUAGUCUCCAUUAUUUGAUAUCAGAAGCUGUCUAGAAGGUGUUAAGAGCUCUCUUAAUCUGUGUUCUCCAUACAUGCCUCAAACUUGAGAUCUUCCAUUACUCAACUUGUGUCUUGUUUCAGACUUUGAAAAUAGCUCUGCCUCUACUUCUUGUGUUAUGUUUUAUUGUACCAAAGUUCUCAGUUGACUAUGUAAAAUAAAUUAUGACCUAAUUAUAAUGAAA